AUGUUGUUCUCCAAGCUCGCUGUCGUCCCUUUGGUUGUGGCCUUCGCUGGGAAUGCGCUCGCUCGUCCCGCACUGGCUGCUCGCCAAGUCCAAUCCACUUCUCUGCUCGCGAACUUUGACCCCGCGACGGCUCUGGUAAACCCCGACCCGCUCACAGCCGCGACACCCGUCCCAAAUGCCGAUGCCAACACUAACAACAACGCCAACAGCAACGUAGCAGAGAACGCAAAUGUCGCUCCGCAGACGCAACUCGCCAUCGGAGGUAUAGCCGCUCCCAUUGUUAACGCCAUCGUAUCUGCCGUUGCACCGGCUGUCCAAGCGGCCGCGCCCGCUGCUGCAAGUGCUGCCGCACCUGCCGCCACCGCUGCCGCCGACAAGAAUGCUCGCGUGAAAGAGUUCCUUACCGGGGGUGCCGGUCUCCUCACCAAACUUUUAGGACUCUCCCUCUAG